ACAUAUACUUUUUGUUUAAUUGCCAUUUUCUAUGAACUCAGCCGGCUAAGAGUUUUCGAUUUUCGGUUCUAACCGUAGCGGAAAUCCAUCGGUAGCAAAGUGAAGAAAAGUAAAAGAAGCGCUACAGAAAUCAAAUCAAAUCACACAAUGACCAGCGAGGACACGAGCUUUAUUCCCGAUCUUCCCAACGGAGGACCAUUAGCCGUAUAUAGGAAAAGGGCAAACUUCGACUGGAAGCGACUGCGUCUGAUAUUCGAAAAGGAACAGGGAUUGCGCAUUAAGUACAAAGUAUGGCGCCGCUUGGAGAACGACCCCCUUUUCGCCCACCCCUCUCGAACGCUGCCCAUGGAUGAGCAGAAGCGCCUGUGCGCAAUGCAAGUGAAUCGCAUGAAGCACCUGGAUUUGGUGCCCAAGGAGAUCGAGCGACUGAGCUUCUCGGCCAAGACCAAGUACUUGAUGUACAUCAACGAGGCUCUGGCCUGCUAUUCUCCCAGUUUAUCCGUGAAGAUUGCUUUGGGAGUGGGAUUGUUUAACAAUGCCAUCCGAGCAAUGGGAACCGAAAAGCACACGAAAUAUAUCGAGGCAGCUUGGAAUCGGGAAGUGAUCACUUGUUUGGCCAUCACGGAACUAUCGCAUGGCAGCAAUACGAAGAGCAUCCGGACAACGGCCACCUAUGAUCCCAGCACCCAGGAGUUUGUGAUCAACACGCCGGACUUCGAGGCGGCCAAGUGUUGGGUGGGAAAUCUGGGGAAAACCGCCACGGUGGCCAUGACUUUUGCCAAUCUCUACACGGCUGAUGGUCAAAAUCACGGACUGCAUGGCUUCCUGAUUCCCAUUCGCGAUCCAAAGACCCUACUCUCGUACCCUGGAGUUCUGGUGGGGGAUAUUGGCGAGAAGUGUGGCCUGAAUGGCAUCGACAAUGGAUUCGUGGUCUUCACCAACUAUCGCAUUCCGCGCGACAAUCUCCUCAAUCGGACGAGUGACGUCACGCCCGAAGGAGUUUACGAAAGUGUCUUCACCGAACCGGGAAAAGUCCUGGGAGCGGCACUCGAAAGCUUUUCCGCCGGACGAAUUGGCAUUAUGCAGGAAUCGGCUAACACCCUGUGCAGUGCCGCCGUAAUCGCAGUUCGAUAUGCGGCUGUUCGCAAGCAAUUUGGCCCAGAGCGACAGGGUGAGGAGAUGGCCAUUCUGGAGUACCAAUUGCAUCAAUAUCGCAUAUUCCCCUAUUUGGCUGCUGCCUGCGUUCAGAAAAUUGCCACCGAAGAGCUGACCAUCACUUACAUGGAGAUUAUAGCCCGUUCCCAAGCGGAUUCCAAUGGUUUUGAUAUAUUGACUCAAAAUGCUGCUGAGAUUCAUGCCUUAAUCUCCUCAUCGAAGCCCUUAAUCACUUGGGCAGCUCGGGACGCCAUUCAGGAAGCUCGAGAGGCCUGCGGAGGGCAUGGCUACUUGGCAGCGGCCAAACUUGGCCAGAUGCGCACCGACCACGAUCCUUUGUGCACCUACGAGGGGGAUAACAAUGUCCUCGGGCAACAGGCAUCCAAUUGGCUGUUGCGUCAGUGGAGCGCCAAGGAACUGGAAACGCCAAUUGGCAGUGUAAAGUUCCUCGAACAACGACAGGAGCUGUUGGCCCUCAAUUACGCAUCCUUGGUGCAGAAGACUCCUCUUUCCAGUUGGCAAUUUUCCCUUCGGUGCUACGAGUGGCUGCUCUGCCAUUUGAUGGCCAAAACUACGGAUCACAUUGAUGGCCAGUUGGCGGCGGGAUGCAGUCGCUUUGAGGCGAGGAACAAUUCGCAGGUGGCCGGAGCCCGGGAAUUAUCCUUGGCCUAUGCGGAGUAUUAUGCUUUGACUCGAUAUGUGGAGCAUGUUAGCAAACUGAAGGUGGAGGCUCCGUAUGCCUCCGUUCUGCGGCUGCUCUUCGAUGUUUAUGCCAUGUGGCUGCUGGAGAAGCACAUGACCACCUUCUAUGUGGGUGGCUUUGCAUCUGGCCGGGAUUUCUCGGCAGCUGUUCGCCAACUUUUGCUGGACAGUUGCUUGAAACUAAAGGAUGUGGCUGUGAGCAUCGCAGAUGCCAUUUCGCCACCCGAUUUCGCACUGAAUUCGGUGAUUGCCCGCGCAGAUGGUCUGCUCUAUGAGAAUUUGCAAAACGAAUUUAUGACCAACGAGGGAGCCUUCCAGCGACCUUCGUGGUGGCGUGACGUCAUCCUGCCGCAGGCUCAGUCGAAACUUUGAGGAUUCCCCACCGAAACUGAGGAGAAACUUUAAAACUUUGAGGCGAAGCGAGGAUUUGAGAAAGACAAGUGCCUGUGACUUGGAAAUUCGAGCGUUUGGCUGGCGCAAAGUAACCCAAGUUUAUUUGUAAUUGUUGUUGCCUCAUUGGCAAUCAGGUAUUAUGGCAAACUACAUUCGCAUCGAUCCUAUGAAAGCGUUUUUUUUAUCAUUUACCCACUGUAACGUACAUUCGCGUAUUUUAAGAUCAAAUCUGUUACUAGUUUAAAGUUAAACGAGUUAAAUAAAAACCUAUAAAAAUCAGUAAAACAUAAAAAA